AUGAUGAGGAGAGUCCUUUACGAACAGCGUCGUCACGGCUUACCGCAAGUUAAUAUUGAAGAACUGGAACGGCGUCGAGAAAAUGAACAAAAUGAGCAUAAAGCAACGCAGCGGCUAUCUGUGACCAUGGAUCCUGUGAUAAUAUUGAGAGCCCUUGCCAAACCGGAUUCGGGUUUACAAGUAAAGAACAGAAAGUGGUUGAAGAUAUUAGUCCCCAUGUCUUUCAUAGGUCGCGACCUCGUCGACUGGUUACUGGAGCAUGUGGAAGACUUAAGUGACAGAAAAGCAGCGCGACAGUAUGCAGCUGAGCUUCUCAGGACAGGCCUUAUUAGACACGUUGUGAGCAAGUUGACAUUCACCGAAAAAUGUUACUACGUUUUUGGUGACGCUAUUGUCGGAGCUCGAGGUGGAGCAGACAGCACUCAGAAUAGUGGA